AUGUCCGGAUACGACCGUGCUCUUUCAGUUUUUAGUCCAGAUGGACAUGUCUUUCAGGUUGAAUAUGCGAUGGAGGCUGUGAAACGAGGAACCUGCGCCGUCGGCGUCAAAGGCCGCGACAUCGUCGUCCUCGGCUGCGAGAAGCGCUCGGCCCUAAAACUCCAAGACACGCGCAUCACGCCCUCCAAGAUCGCCGUCGUCGACAACCACGCCGUCCUGGCCUUUGCCGGUCUGAACGCCGACGCCCGCAUCCUGAUCGACAAGGCCCGCCUCGAAGCCCAGUCUCACCGCCUCACCGUCGAAGACCCCGUCAGCAUCGAAUACAUCACGAAGUACAUUGCGAGCGUGCAGCAGCGGUACACGCAGAGUGGUGGUGUCCGGCCGUUUGGGAUUAGUACGUUGGUGGUUGGGUUUGAUCCGAAUGAUGAUGUGCCGAGAUUGUAUCAGACGGAGCCGUCGGGGAUUUAUUCUGCUUGGAAAGCAAACGCCAUCGGCCGUUCCAGCAAAACCGUCCGCGAGUUCCUCGAGCGCAACCACCAAGAAGACAUGGACCGCGAGGCCACCAUCCAACUGACCAUCAAGUCGCUGCUGGAAGUCGUGCAGACCGGCGCCAAGAACAUCGAGGUGGCCAUCAUGUCGCCUGGCCGGACGAUCGAGAUGCUGCCCGAGGACCAGAUCGAGGCGUACGUGAAGAGCAUAGAGACUGAGAAGCAGGAGGAGGCGGCGAAGAAGAAGACGGGUCGUGGUGGGACUACGACGGCGGCGAUCUUGACGAGGGGGGAGGGUAGAGAGUAG